AUGUUCGCCAAGUUUACCAUCAACGGAAAACCAUACCGAGUUUCUUCGGACCAGCUCCCGGUGGACACGUCGUUGAAUACGUUCAUCCGCACCGGCGUGCCACAUCUUACCGGGACCAAGUGGAUGUGUCUGGAGGGUGGCUGCGGUGUUUGCAUCGUACACGUCGAAGGAACCCAUCCGGUCACACGGCAGCGUACGGCUUUCUCCGUCAACUCGUGUUUGUUCUCGGUGCUGUCCUGCCACGGCAUGGACGUGCGCACCGUGGAAGGGAUCGGCUCGAAGGUUUCCGGCUACCACCCGGUACAGGAACGGCUCGCGCAGAUGAACGGCACCCAGUGUGGAUUCUGUUCGCCCGGGAUGGUGAUGAGUAUGUACGGGUUGCUCGAGUCAAAGGGCGGCACGGUCACGAUGGCCGACGUGGAAGGUGCCCUGGCCGGGAACAUCUGUCGCUGCACCGGCUAUCGACCGAUUCUCGAUGCGUUCAAAUCGUUCGCCGUUGAUGCACCGCCCCGCGAGUCUUCGAUUCCCGGGGCUUCGCACUGUUCCACCGACAUCGAAGACCUUCCCCGGAGCUGUACCGACGAGCAGUGUCAGAGGCCAUGUUCGGCUCGGGAAUCGGCGGAUGAGAGGUUCAACCUGCGGUGCGACAACAACCGCCGCUGGUACCGUGUCCGGACGGUGGAUGAAAUCUUCGAAAUCAUCGCACCGAUCGACGAUGGUGGGUACAUCCUGGUAGCCGGCAACACGGGUCACGGUGUGUACCGGAGGAGUCCGCAGCUACGCGCCUUUAUCGAUGUGCGCAAUGUGGAGGAACUGCACAACUACUGGAUCGGCAGUACGGUUAUUGUCGGGGCCAAUGUCCCCCUGGCGGAGUUUAUCGAGAUACUGCGAGAGGCCGCGAAAAAGGAUCGCCGGUUCUCGUACUGCACGGAAGUGGCACGCCACGUCCAGGAGGUGGCUCAUCCUGCGGUGCGCAAUGUGGGAACCAUAGCCGGCAAUCUGUCCCUCAAGCAUCAGCACCCCGAGUUCCCGUCCGAUUUGUUUGUGCUGUUCGAAGCACUCGGCGCUGAGAUGACCAUCGUCGAUGCGAAUGGUUCGAUCUACAAGCUGCUACCGAGUCAGUUCCUCGGCUUCGAAAUGCGCAAGCGCAUCAUGCUCAACAUCACGCUUCCCUCGCUGGAUCCGGACCAGUUCGUGUUUCGCUCGUACAAAGUGGCGCCGAGGGCGCAGAACGCGAAAGCGUACGUUAAUGCCGCGUUUCUGGUGCGGCUCUGUGCACGCAAAAUCGACGUGGAACACGCGCGGCUCUGCUUCGGUGGCAUCGCGCCCAGCUUUUCCCGUGCCGCCGCCACCGAGCAGUUCGUGAAGGGGAAGAACCUGUUCAACAACAUCGCACUGCAAGGAACGCUGGCCACACUGAACGGGGAGUUGCCGCAUGACGAGCAGGCCGUACUGCCCAGUUCCGCCUACCGCCGACAGGUGGCCGUUGGGCUGUUGUACCGAUUUGUCCUGCAGAUUUCACCACGCGAUCGUCGCGUGGCCAACCCACUCGUGCGGACCGGCGGAACACCGCUUGUGAGGGCCCUCUCGAGUGGAAGCCAAUCGUUCGACACGUACCCCACGAACUGGCCACUAACGCAGGCACUGCCCAAACUGGAAGCUUUCAACCAAACGGCUGGGGAGACGGUGUACGUUAACGAUCUGCCCGCCCGGCCGGAUGAGCUACAGGCUGCUUUCGUGCUGGCGGCAUCCGCUCGCUGUGCGAUCCUUAGCAUCGAUCCGGGGCGGGCUCUUGCCCUGCCGGGUGUGGUGGCGUUCUAUUCCGCUGCCGAUCUUCCGCAGGGUGUGAACGACUUUGCGGCCCUCAAGCAGAACGUCAACACGACGUUCUUCUUCAACCCGGUGGUGGAGCAGAUAUUCUGUGCCGGUCGUGCCCUUUACCACGGCCAACCGGUGGGGAUCGUUGUGGCCACGACGUUCGCACUGGCCAGUGAAGCAGCCUUGUUGGUGGCGAUAAGCUAUGGGCCACCCGAUCCUGGUCCUAUUCUUCCCACACUCGCCGAUGUCCUAGAGGCCGGUGCGACGGAACGGAUCGCAACCCUACAGGAAGACAUGGUGGGUCGGGCGUACUACCGGGCAUCGGUUGGUGGGGCAAGCCACGUGACCGGGACAUCGGUGUUUGGAAGCCAGGUCCACUUUACCCUCGAGCCACAGAGCUGCCUGUGCGUUCCGACCGACGACGGAGGGCUGGACGUGUACAGUUCCUCGCAGUCAAGCCAUCUGGUGCAGUUGGCCAUCUCGAAAGUGGUGGGACUGAGGCAGAGCAGCAUCAACGUAAUUAUCCGCCCAGUCGGGGGAUCGUACGGGGCCAAACUAACCCGAGCGACUUGGAUUGCCUGUUGUGCGGCUUUGGCCGUACAUCACACGAAACGCCCGGUGCGGAUGAUUGUCCCGUUCGAAACCGCCACCAGCGCGAUUGGGAAGCGCAUCGGAGCGCACUGUCCGUACGAUGUGUAUUUCGAUUCCAGCGGCAAGAUCCUGAAGCUGUCGGCGGUUUACAUCCAGGACUUUGGUUCGUCAAACUACGAGUCGAUGGCAAUACCGUUCCGGGAAGCGUUUAAGAGUUGCUACAGUAACGGCACCUGGCGGUUGCAGAUGCGCGGUGCGCUUACCGAUGCACCCAGCACGACCUGGCUGCGAUCACCGGGAACGGCGGAAGCGAUUGCCCUGAUCGAAACGGUCAUGGAGCACAUUGCGUUCGACAGUGGGCUAGACCCGCUUGCCGUGCGGCUGGCAAACAUGGACCCGGCCAGCAAUAUGGCAACCCUUCUGCGGAACUUUGUCCGCGACGUGGACUUUAACACCCGCAAGGCCGCCGUCGAGCGGCACAACGAGACGAACCGCUGGAAGAAGCGGGGUAUCGCGAUCGUACCGAUGGGACAUCCACUGUCGUUCCUCGGUGGCAUGAACGCCUGGGUGUCGAUCUACCAUGUCGAUGGGAGCGUAGCCGUCACGCACGGUUGCACCGAGAUGGGCCAGGGUGUCAACACGAAGGUGGCUCAGGUGACGGCACACAUCCUUGGCAUUCCACUCGCGAAGAUCUCGAUAAAGCCACACUCAUCGCUCAGCUCACCGAAUUCAUUACCUACCGGAGGCAGCAUGGGCACCGACAUGGUGACGUACUGCGUGAAGCGAUCCUGUGAGAUGCUCCGGGAACGGAUACGCCCCGUGCGGGACGAUAACAGGACCGCGUCCUGGGAAGCGACGGUGCAAACCUGCUACCAGCGGGGCAUCGAUCUGACCGCUUCGUACAAGCUGCGCCGAGCCGACAUACAGCCGUACACCGUGUGGGCCCUGUGCUGUGCAGAGGUCGAAGUGGAUCUACUCACUGGCCAGGUGCAACUCCCGCGGGUCGAUAUACUGGAGGAUACGGGCGAGAGCAUGAACCCGCUGCUGGACAUUGGCCAGAUCGAGGGUGCGUUCAUGAUGUCCCUUGGACUGCACCUUCUGGAGGAUCUACGGUACGAUCGGGGGACCGGUGCGUUGGUCAACAACCGGACGUGGAACUAUAAGCCACCGACCGCUCGGGACAUUCCGAUCGAUUUGCGAGUCCACCUGCUCCAGAAAAGUUCAAAUCCGGCCGGAGUACUACGCUCGAAAGCGACAGGUGAACCGGCUUACAAUUUGGGCGUGACCGUGGCGUUCGCUUUGCGGUAUGCUCUCUGUGCCGCCCGCCGAGAUGCUGGCCUUCCGCGGGAAUGGAUCGAAUUAGGAACAUCGUUGACGGUGGAGAAAAUACUGUCGCUGGCCGGAAACACGAUCGAUCAGUUCGUGCUCCACUGA